AUGGGUCCUCACCACCCAUCAAUGCAUGGUGUUCUUCGACUGAUUGUUACUCUCGAUGGUGAAGAUGUUAUUGACUGUGAACCGGGUUAUUUACACAGGCGACCAAAGGGAGGAAAAUCGAACAAUUAUCAAAUAUUUGCCUUAUGUAACACGUUGGGAUUAUUUAGCUACUAUAAGCACGUAAAUGGGCCCGAACAGCUAGGCAAUAUUCAAGUACCUAAAAGGGCUAGCUAUAUCAGAGCUAUUAUGUUGGAAUUGAGUCGUAUCGCUUCCCAUUUGUUAUGGCUUGGCUGGCAGUUCCUCACGAACCCGAAUGCACUAUGCCUCCGGGCCAAUUUCAUAACCGAUGCUUUCUAUCCUUACGAACCAGCCUUGCCCAAAGCAUGA